GUAGUAGGCUGGCUACCUAUCGUCCCUGAAGAUUCUGGAGGAGAUGGAAAACUAAGCCAUACAAAUCUCAAACACAUUGUCUGGCAUGAAUCAUUCUUCAAGUUACUUGAGUCCAUCAUCUUGUAUGCAAAGACAGGAUUCACACAUAAGUGCCAUGAUCGCAUCACACAUUGGUUAUUCCCUUUGAUCCUUCUACUUUCAGCUGAUUAUGAGGAGCAGUAA